AUGUCCACCCCACUGCUUCACAACCCGGUAACCCCUCAAGCUCGACUCUGGCGCGGACUAUGUAUUCGGCCAUACCAACACGCGCCGCCUCAGCCAAACUCUCUACGCAACCCUCUUCAUCCACUGAGCACGCCUCCCACCUCCCCCGACCAAGCCCAAAAGCAAGAGAAAGAGAAAGCCAAGCUCUCAAACUUCCUCGUAAAAUUCCACGGCCACUACGGCACCUAUCUCCUGACAGAACACAUGGAUAGCACCCAUGCGAGCGCCGAAGCUAUCGAGUCUACACUCGCGGUACUCAAGAGCCACGCGCGGUGGAAAAAGGCGUUGAAACAGUUGAUAUGGUUCUAUUAUGCGUUUCUGGUUGUCUGGACAUGGUUUGUCUUCGUGUUUUUUCCGCAGUCUGGAGAGGCGGUUGUGAAGCUGGUGAGGAGAGGGGUGCGCGGAUACCGGUGCGGACAGGGAGGAGAGUGA